CUGACUGCGUACGCUAGCAACAUCUUGGGGGGGUGCAAGUGAAAUGCUUUCCAGGAUGACGUCUUCCAAAUUAAUUUGCACGUCGCUUUUCCUAGCCGUUGUUGCAGCGGCAUCACCGAUGCUCCUUAAAUUAAACGAUCUCUCUCACUCAGUUUGGGGAAAUGCUCUGCCAUUGUUUUGGACGAGGAAUCGAAACUUUAAUAUUUGCCUGCUGGUAACAGGUUCUCUCCUCUUUGCCUACCUAAUCCUGAAAGUAUGGAAGUUUUUAUUUCACCCGUUAGAGAUGCAGCGGAAACUCCACGACAUCGGCUAUUUCUCAGAUGAAAAGCGUCCUCUGAAAGACGUUGCUAACGAAUAUCGAAAGCGAAGAAAACGUGGCGAGGUUCCACCUGUGUACCCUAAUGGCUGGUUUCACGUACUCGCUUCGAACGAGCUAGCCAUGGGUGAGGUCAAGUAUGUUUCUAUUUUAGGCGAAGAUCUUGUGGUGUUUAGAGGAACUGAUGGAAUCGCGUAUAUUGUGAAUGCUUAUUGCCCGCACUUGGGCGCUAAUUUAGGCAUCGGUGGACAGGUGGUGGGUGAUUGUCUUCAGUGUCCGUUCCACGGUUGGAAAUUUCGCGGGAGCGAUGGAAAGUGUACGGGUAUUCCUUACAGUGAAAAUAUUCCUAAUUUUGCGCAAACCAAAGCAUGGAACUGUUGGGAAACUAAUCACACAAUUUACAUUUGGUAUCACGCAGAAGGAAGUGAGCCUUCAUGGUAUCCUGAUGAAAUCGAAGAGAUUCAAAACGGAACUUGGACCUAUCGAGGCUUUACUCAACACACUAUCAAUGCUCACAUCGAGGUAGGCUUUACUUUACUCAUGUUUUUAUUUUCGAAUUUUUGAAAUAGCAAGUUCAAGUUCAAGUUUAUUAAGUUUGCAGGAAAAUCUUUGUACAAUAACACCUCCUGCAAAUAGCGAGCUAAUCUAGGCAGACGGUGUUAAGGACAUACAACACGAAUUACAAAAACGCGAAUGCGAAUUACUCGAUUUUGCAUACAUUAUUUGACAAAAGAGGGAAAAGGUGAUAAAAAGUAAAUUAAUAUAUUAUGUUUGAAUUAUAAUUAAGAUGCCUUUUUUAUUUCAGAAAUAAGAGUGCUAGUGUCAGCAUAACUAUCCAGACUUCCUAGAGUUGCAAAUAGUAAUGCUUGAAUUUUCUUUUUGAAUAUGUGCUUCGGCAGACUUCGAUAGCUUUCGGGAAUACUGUUCCAAAUUUUAGCCCCAACGAUAGAAAAAGAGUUUUUAUGAUGAUUAAGCCUAGAAUAGUUAAUAUAGUAGUUAUAGCUGCGACCAGGAUUUGUUAUGAUAUAACUUUGCAGCUCAUCGAUUACAUGAAGUUCGUUCACAUCUUUGAAACGCCUUGGCACUUAUUUUAUUGUAAUGAAAUGUUACUUAUUUCACGAGAAUAAACUUCUCUAUAAACGGUUUGCAUUCUUGGAAUUGUUUUGUUCAGUUCCCUUAGUAACACAGAGUUGGAAUUCUACUAAAUUUGCUUUAAGAGUAAUAAUUAGUGCUAAACUUAUGAAUUACCGUGAAACACGAUAAACACAUAAUUUAUUAACCAUGCUCGAAUUGCCUGUAACAAAUAACCUUUUAAACUUGGAGUAAAUUUUUGAGUUUUUGAUUUUAUUGGCUGAAGUUUUUGAUGGAAAGUUUUCCUCUCAGAGUAAAAAGUGCCAAAAAUUCAGGGAAGCUUGGUGUUUUUAUUCCAUUUUUGAUUUCCAUGGAGAUUUCGCAUUGUUUAUUAGUCGUGCUUUUCGUGUUUCAAAAUUAGAACUAAAUUUGUACUCUAGGGACUCUCCUUUACCUUUGUAACUCGCGACUCCAAAAUAAUGACAUUUUUCAUGAAUGCCACUUUUAUUUACUUUGAAAACAGUUGUUUGCAAGAAGAUAAAGAGUGAAAAUCCUUGAUGCAUCUAUUAGCCCUUUGUAGAAAAGCAAACUUGUUGCAUUUGUGCAAUGUUUGUUUGUGCUAUCACUGUCACUCCAGUUGGAACAUUCCCUGCUUAAGUCUAACUCAUACUCUGGUAAAAUAUUCCAAAUAGUAAAGGAAAUUGGUUGCAAACUUUAAAGUCACCUUUUGAAGCAGUGCACAAGACUGUACGAUGAGACAUUUUGCUUCAAGGACAUGACAGACAGGGAGAGAAUGAGGUACUUGAAGGUCAUGACUCAAAAGGAUGAUGAUUACUGGUACUUUACUUACAUGUUAACAUCAUUUCAGCUUUUGUUAUGAAAAAUCUGAAAAAUGGCUUGCAACCUCUUGGGAACCAAAAUUAUCAAAUAUAGGAAAAUAUGGUUUAUUCAACUAUCUUUUCAUUGUGGUAAAUGUAUGUUAAUAUCAAAUCAGGUGGAAAAUUCAGUGACUCACGAGAGAUGAAAUUGAAAGAAUGUUAAUAAUGAUUCUUAACAAGUGAUGAAGCUAGAUUUCUAAUUUGAUUUUGGACCUAUUAUAACAAGCUCUUAAGAUCAUUGUCCAUAACUUUGGAACUGAUGUGAAUGAUCCCUUGCAAAUUUUGAAAUUGAUUUCCAGCUCAUUUAUUUUUUGUUGCUUUGGGUUAGUUAAUUGUUGAUGAAUUGCAAUUCCUGAAUUGUAGAUUGAAUUAUUUGAAAAUUGCACCAAAAUAUUGUUUCUGCAUGAACUUCAAGAAGCAAAGUUUUUCCAUCAAGUUUCUUGAGAUAAUUUAUCACUGUGAUUUUGUUUUUAGUUAAAGUUCUGAGAUAUUCAGUGUCACAAAUUACAGUUAAAAACAAUACAGUUGUACCAAUCUGUGCUUACAAUGACUAUAUAGCAUCCAAAUAUGACUAAGAAGUUAAAUGGAUUUCUUCGCUAAUUAUUUAUUGUAGCAUCUAUCAUGAUUUGUUUGAAUUAAAAGUGGCAUUGGCACAAUUCAAACCAUUUUAUGUUGCAUUUGAAAAAGUUGUCUUCCUAAUUAGCCUCUUGACCCUUUACACCCCAACAUCAGUGUGCAAACUCUUCAUACUAUGCUCUACACAUUUCCUAAGGUGCUGACAAGGAGGAUUUGUUUAACAAUCAAGAGCUUCUUUAGUUGAUGAGCAUCUCCUUUAUUCUUGUGUCCUAAAUGUGUGACUCAGGGAUGAUAGUAUUAGGAGAAAUUAGGUGCCAAUCACUCUUAGGGGCUAAAGGGUUAAUUUAACAAUUUUGUUACCUCAUAAACAUCUGUUUUGUCAGCAUUUAGUCUAAGCUUUAAUUAUUAUUAAUAAAGACAAAAUUUCUUUUGGUUCAAGCCCAGUGAUACUUAGGGCUUCUGGUGAUGAUUUCAGACUAAAUGUUAUUUGAAUAACAUUUUGAAUGUUUGGAAAGAUUGAUUUUCUGUCAAGCUAUAGCUGAUGUUUUGUUGCAGAAAUUGGCUCUAUCUUCAGGAGGUUAGAUCUCUGUUAUAACUCUUUUCUGAUUGUGAUUACUAAACUUAAACCUAACCCUAAGCUUAAUUAUCGGUAUUAUAAUUGUGUAAUUAACUGUAUCCCGUAUGUAUUUUCAACUAAUAUGUACAAGUCUGCAGUCCCAUAAUGACUGAUGACUUCUUUUUUGUCACUGGCAACUGAAUCCAGGAGAUUCCUGAAAAUGGAGCAGACCUCAACCACCUUGAUCAUCUUCAUAGCUCACCAGUUCUGAGUGGGGUUGAUCUGAGGCAUAUUUUCUCACAUUGGUGGCAAUUUGCCAGACACAACUGGUCUGCAGAAUGGAAACCUCUUGAGGAUACUAAGCAUGUUGGAUGUCUGCAGCUAGUGACCUCCUUAUCAGUCUUUGGAUACAAGAUUCCCUAUUUAGACUUACAUGUCACAGCCAGGCAGGUAGGUGUUCACUCUCAGUUCAGAUAUAAAAGAUUCUUUAUAUAUUAUAUAUAUAUGUUAAUGUCGGGGUUAAAUUACUGUUGUGACCUGAUAACUUCUAGUAACAAAUUUUUUCACUGAAACAAUUUGAAGGUUUCAUGAAAUUGAUACCACAGCUACAAAUAAAAUAUAUUUGGAAAAAAUGGUGAUCAGAAAUCUUCCCUGAAAGUGCCUGAGAGAAACAAACAACCUUUUUAAACAUAGAUAAACAUGGCAAUGUUUAUCUAUAAUUUUCUAUUUUCCCAGACUUACAACUUCUGGGAUUCCUUAUGCUUUGGGUUUCUAAGGCCAGCCCAUGUACCAGACAAUUGCAUGACAAAAUGCAACCCUAACCCCUUCAAGCUACUUUAAAUGAGUAACUUGUGACUUCUCAUAAAUUCAAGUCUUUUUUUUUCAGUAAAUGACAUGUGCAUAUUUCAAAUUAUUACUGACUCGGUUUGUUUUAUAAUUAUUAUUUUUUGGAUCUUUUCCCUGUCAGACUGGUCCAGGUCUGGUCUUCAUGAAAUGGAGCAGCAGCUUUGGUGAUGGAAUUUUCCUUCAUUCAGUGACUCCCAAAGAACCACUUUUGCAAAUCAUGCGCCACUCCAUUUAUGUUUCCAGAGGUGUCCCCACAAUAGUGGCCAAGUUUCUCCUAUAUGCAGAGGCUAUUCAGGUAAAAUCUGAAUUUUUUAUUAUAAGCGCUGUACUUGAGUUAAAUGAUAAAUUGAUCAUUAAUAAUUUGAAUUAUUAAUUACUGGGAGUAAACUAUUCUUCUUUUAAAGUGCACAUGACACGGAUUUUUUUUGCGUAGUACUAUAGUUUAUCAUAUGUACAAACCAAUCCCGAUAGAAGAAGAAAUACAGACAAAAAAAUAAAAUCUCGGUUUUUUCGGGCCUCAGAGUGCUCAUUUUGUCUUAAAGGUGUCCUGUAGACUGGUAACGAGUUAGCGGGUGAUGACGUCGAAAACUGUGAAAACUUACAAAUCUCUUUCAUCUCUUGUAAUUUUGUAUUAGUCAGCGUUGAAAUACUCUUGAAAUAAUCCGAUAGUGAUGUAUUCCUACCUUCAGCAGACUCUACCGAGAUUUUUGAUACAUCGUAAUUAAGUAGUAAAGAAGAAAUGGAGGUUGAGUGUACGGUUCAGCUUGCGAACGGGAACCGCGUGCAUCAAACGAAGAUUUCGACGAAGACUGAUGAAGACGGUUUCUCGCCUGCGGUGUUCAGGUCAAGAUUAGAACGGAAAACUCCCAUUGCUGAAUGUUUAUUUCGUUGCGUUCAUGUUUUGUUUUCUGUGGCGGAGUCUAUAUUAAAAAUUGGAGGUUGUGUUUGUUUCUGUUACCAUAGCAUAUUCUUCCUUUGCGCUAAGUGCGGCAAAGGUUCCUCUCGGUCAGCGCUCUAGAGUUUCGUUGCUGAAGAGUAAUUCCCUCCGCAAACCAAAGCUAACUUUUGACGGAAGAUUCGAAAUAAUCAGCUGUAUGACGAGGCACAAUGAUCUUUUUGGCCGAGAAGUCAUCGGGUAGUUACAGUGCGAGUUGCUCCUUUCCUCAGAGAUUGCAAAGGCAGAGGCUAUCACCGUCGAGCCGGUUAAAUGGAAAACGAUUGAGUUUAUUGUCCUCUGAUUCAAUUUUAUCUCAAAUAGGUAUUUAUAUUGGAGGAAAACGUCUUUAUUUUAGAUACAGCAUUGCCACAUGACCCAUUUCGCUUACUGGCAAAUAACCGAUAUCAGUGUUGUAAAUGAAUAUUUUCGAUAUAUUUCGAUGCAUCGACUUUCACACACCACUUGGAUUCGCUACCAUCUAAUUCAAUAAUAUUUGUGUUUCACAAUUUAUCUCAUUGUUGUGCUGUUAUCACAAUUAUAUUGCUAUUGUUGCUUCAUUUAGUUUCUUGAGGGCGGGGGAUCAAUGGCUCGUGUGGUGGAUUUUCGGAAACCUAGGUUAGGAGAAUACACGGCCCCUUAGUUGCCAGUAUCCUCCAGAGGUUUCGCACCAUUCAGGUAACAGGAUGUCGGUCAGCUCAGGAAAGGGCUUGACCUUUAUUGUAAGGGAUGUAUUUCUGUUAUUAAAAUACGAUGGAAACUACGAAUGGUAGGAUUUUCGUACGAGAAGAAAAUUUCAAAUCUAGUCAUGUGGAAAGACAAGGAGUUUGAGUAUGAUCGUAUCUCAAGCGCGUGAAGUAAACAACAGUAAGCAGCUCACCAUUCUUCGCUUGCGAAAUGUCAGCUGAAAAGAAUGUGGAACAAUCGUAUCCGAUUUGGAAACAGGCACCUUAACCAGGAUUCUCUCCAGCUGAAUUCAUUGGCCAUCUUCCCCUGAUUUGACCAGUAGUGUGUGUUCGCAACAGCCGUCUUCAAAGCCGGGAUGGAGCAUAAGGUCGACGACUUUGAAAAGUAAAAUCUCCUCGAUGUCGACGAUCGAAACGCGUCCAUUUUGGCCAUACAGCUACAUCCUUUGGAUAGUAGUGUGUAGAAAUUACCGGUGUAUAUGUAUCAUUCUUGUACCUAAAAUCACUUGUCGACACUUUGCGCUCCGGCCACGCAAUACAUUCGUCCUCUUUCCUUAAUCUCUCAUUUCGCCACCAUAGUUGCCUACAUAUCUUCAGAGUUUUCUACGUCACAGCUAUGUAACAUAAUUGUUUCGGCCGGGGUCACUUUAUGGCCAUGUACUUUCAAUGCGCAAAAAAUGGUGUAGGAGAACUCGCUAAAAGCUGAGGUCAAUUCUUUUUAAGUUUUUAAUUUUCAAAUACGGCUAUCAAUCAGAAAAUGUACAUAGUGUGGCAGAUAAGAGUAGUUUUAUAAAUUAGCAAUACAACAGUUGAAGGUGCCUCAGGUGAUUUAGAGGAACAACACGCCUAAAGGCGAUUUUGUGGGAUGCGUUUGCUACUGAACGUACCAUUCAUUGAAAGGUGCACGAUUAGUCAUUUAGAUCAAAGAAGAAAUUAUUGUAGAAAGUUUUAGUGUUGAAGAAACUGUGACUGUUUAUGUAGUUGAAAAUAGCGAAGAGUGGCAACUCAAAAACCUUUGGACUUUUCUGAAACAAAUUGGAACUCGACCCACUGAUCGUCUCGUGUUUAUGCCAGUAUCCGCUAGAGGUUUCGUACUGUUUAGGCAACAGGAUAUCGGUUGGCUCAGGAAAAGGCUUGACCUCGGUAAAAGCAAAUACCAUCUCCGCUGACAACGAAUGCUUCCUUUGGGGACGUAUAUUUUAGGCCGUCGUGAUUUGUUUUUCAAAAACGUCAAUAUAAGUAAUUAAACAGGCUGUACACACUUUAAUACAACUAAAAGACUGAACUGAGUUAUUUCCUAGCGAGAUGUAGUUAAUUUUGUGAUAUUUCGAGACCAUUGUCGAUUUCAAAAUAGACCUUACGCAAGGUGAGAGAUUAAUGUCGUUCAUCUGUAGAUUUGAUUACAUACUUUCAAGUUAACCACACAAAAACGUACACUCCUCUCGGAAAAACACAACCUUAUUUAAUGAAUAUGGAUUAAGGUGUAGUUGUUAGCUUGUAAUUAGUAGUCUUACAGCAAUGCAAGGUUGCUCUUAUUUCAAAAGCUGAGAUCCACGACUAUGGUAAACAUCCAACUCCGCAGAAUAAUUAACGUAAACACAGCCUACAGAAACAGCUCAAACUAUUAUCCUGCGUUUAUCGAAUUUCCGUUUGCAAAAUUCGUCAAAUUUAGCCGCUGGAAUCCAAAUCUUUCCUCGCCUGCACAGGCUGAAUUCAAAUAUUUUCCAUUCUAUCACAGGCAGCCCAAGCUCCAGCCGUGAGAUGGUCAUCUUCCGAAAUAAGAGUCGUGACGAAAAUUUCAGAGUUUGGAUGGGAAUAUUUACGGCCGCUCUUAGGAAUAAAAGAUGCUGACAAAUUCUCCAUAAAAAUACCUCACCUUACUUUCACAGUGCAAUGCUUGUUUUGUGACCGUUUACUUUGUUUCAACGGGGUCAUUUUAGCGCGUUAUCUAUUUCUAGGUUUACUACUCCUAAGAGAAGGACCUGGAAAUGGAUAACUCGCCAAAAUGGCCUCCUUAUAACAAAGUGAGCGGUGAGACAACAAGCGAUGCAAUGUGAGGUAUUUUUAUUUAUAAUUUGACUGAAUUUUAACCUCUAAAGAGCGGUCGUUAAUAUUCCUAGCCAAAUUCUUAUAUUUUCGCCACGACUUGUAUUCCGCAAGAUGAUCAUCUCAUAGCUGGAGCUUGGGCUGCCUGUGAUUCUAUGCCACGUUUCGCCUCAAAGUAGAUCAAUAUAUAUUUGCAUUGUAACGCAAUGAUCUUUGCUUGGACGGUUUUCUCUUGCUUGUAUCUGAUGAGUGUUCUACCUCGAGAUGAAAAUACCUUAGAACGCACUUAAUGUGACCGCUAGUUUUAAUCAAAGAUAUGCGGAAAUAAAUUCCACAUGUCUUCUUUGACAGGAUUAUUUUUGUCCGCCUCUGAUCAAUCCAGUAGCCCAUGUUUACAUAAGCUAAAAAUCGAUGAAGAAUUUACGCACUCCUUUUGGCUAUCUUUGCAAUUUGUCCAUGCAAUAGGGAAGAAACCCAGGCGGAUUUCCUCACGGAAUUAGGCGUUAAAAAGAACAUCAGCCAAAUACCAGGAAACAGCAAGUUAGGUUAUGAAAUAAGUGUUCCGUGAUCUGUAACUGUACAAACCUAUGGCAACAUGGAAUGUAUUUGUUUUAUCUGAUAACAAAGCAAAAAUUUGUUGAGGAUGACUUCAUCUACGCGGCUGCCCUCCAGUAGAUAAGUAGGAACCAAUCAAAAUUCGUAUAUAAUCACAGGCGUCCCAAGCUCACGCCUCGAGACUCUCGAGAAAAGGGUGCGUGUACAUGCGCAUUCUCGGACACGUAUGUAUUUAUUCAUGAAAGCGUCGCGCUUUGUGUUACGAGGAACCCGUCAUAAGGAAUUGUAUCGGAAACGAAAUACAGACGAUUUACAACGCCAGAAAUUCCGAGAUGUGAACACUUUACACCCAAGAUUAAUAAAAACUACUCAUUCUUUGUGUUUUCUGGUGAUCUCUGCCGUUUUCGGCCAGCUUUGCCAUCACCGUUAUUCCUGGAAAUUCUCAAAUAAAAGUACUGCAAUAAAAUUCUCCAUUAGAUAUUCUUUAUCUUGUUUACUACAAAAUGUUCGCGAAGACCAAACUAUGUUUUACAGUCUCGGGGGGUUGGGAUAAUUCUCGUUAGUUAUGCAAACCGGAGACGCAGUCGAUAGUUUGCACAACGUUUUCGAAUUCUCUCAACUCCUCCUCGUGUUGGGACACGGAAAAAGUUCCAUAUUGCUUAACUGAUAAAACGUAUGUUUGCUAUUUAAUGCUUAAUGAUUUCGAUUUAGAACACAUUUUAUUUUUCCAACAGGUUGAACGUGAUAUAAUGAUUUGGAAUCACAAAACGUAUGUGCCAAAGCCACUUUUAGUGAAAGAAGAUCACUUAAUCAAGAAACACAGACGAUGGUACUCACAGUUUUACUCCGAGAACAGUCCUCGCCUUUCAAUGAAGAAAGAAAACCUAGAUUGGUGAAACCAUUAACUGUUUCUCGUAUGCUGUUCUUUUUCCUUCAACCCUCUGGAAGUUGUUAAACCUGUCUUAGACCUUUACGCCCAAACAUCAGUACGCACAGUCUCCAUACUGUUCGUCAUACACUUCUCAAGGUGCUGACAAGGAAAAUUUGUUUGUGGUGAAAGGGUUAAGGCUGCAUACGUGGCUAAAGUUAAGCUGAAGUAAGUUACCAGCUUAAGCAGUCAUGACAGGAAAGGUUUCAUCGAAAAAUGAAUUUGUGGUUUUGUGUUAAUUUGUUUACCGUCGACAACAGCACCUGACUUCAUCUGUUGUGUAACAUUUGAAAGCGUUCACUUUCAGUCUAAAAUUUUGUUGAUUUGUCGUUGGUACUCUAGGUUACGAGUAGUCCCUUCUUUUCGGUGAAGUCCGUCGCACGAGUCAAAAAAUGUAAGCGUAAAAGAGAAACUUAGGUUAGCUCACCGCGCGGAACUCUGGAGGUGAGGUGCACGGAAAGUAGCCGUAAAAAAGGGACCGUCUGUGUAUUGGUAUUAAUUUUCUUUGACUGUGAAAAAUUUGGUUAUUUCACUUUUCUGUUUUGCAGAGGAGCGCUAAGAAAUGUUGUAGAACACACGUGUGGAAGUAAUGUUCUGUCCAUGAUAUCAUUUGUUUUUUUCUCUGUCAUAUUUUCUUUGUCGCCGCCGUCGUGGUUGGCAUAAGGUUUCUACUUCUUAACAGAUCGAGCUCUUGAUAAGUCGAAAACAGAGGUUACGUUGAUUGAAACAGGGAAAAGUACUUUGCACUUUUAUGCGUGUUGACGAAAUGGCCUUUUAAAACUGGGAAACUGAACGUCUCUGGAUUUCAACAAACAAAGAAUAAAACUAAACAAAUUCGAAAAAGAAAAUGGAAUAGAAAAGAAAUUUGCUUAGUAAGGAUUUUGCGUAUGGGCAUCGAGUUGCCGUUAUGUAUUUCUAAGGCCUUUUUGCAGCUUCUUUGAUAACUGUAGAUCAGAUUUGAAAAUUUGAAACAAAUCCUUUGCAGUUUUCAGCUGCAGAACAUUGUAAAUCAUGUCCCAAUAUCUUGACAUACUGUCCUGGCAAUGCUGGCCAUUGUUUUGUACUUUAAGGCUGAACAAAAUUAAAUAAAUAAAUAGAGAGAAAAUUCCAGCAACUCUACGAAGAACUCAAACAGUGGCCAUAGUCUACAAUUAUUGUAAUUAUAGCCUCCUAUGUGCAACAUCAGUAUCAUUAUCAUCAUUGACAUCUAUGCAAUGAUCAAAGCACUUAAGCCUUAAACUCCCAGAUCAAAUUUAUAAUUCUUCUUACUUUCAGUCAUACAAUUCUUAUAAUAUUAGUUUUGAGAAUUUAGUAUUGGAUCAACCAAUUGUCCCAAAAUUGAUAUUUUUUUAUUCUCAUCACCUAUCUGGUUGAUAUUGUAUUGAUAUUGUGAGGAGAAAUUCUGUCUUGGUCACUCAUGGGAGUUAAAGGGUUAACUGGGCUCGAUUUUAAGUGGCCAUGCUCCCUAAGAUUUACAUUGCAUGUUAAGUUAACAUCAUGAAAAGUCAGGGAAUUUCACAGGCAAAUUUAAUUCUUUGAAAGGAGUCAUGGAAGAGUAAGGUUUUAAGUAAAUAUGAAGUCAUUUAACUUUGGUUAAGCCCUCUAACAUGUAUUUACAUUACAUUGAGUUUAACUUGUAUUUACUCAUGUUGAUAUGUAGACUGCUAGCCAUUAAAUUUUAAUAAGUUCUAAUUUAAUCAAGCUAUUAGAGUGAAUAAAGAGAGUAAGUUUCUAAAGAAACUGUGGAACUGCAUUAGUUCGGUCGUUGCAAGAUAAGUUAGUUUUAUCAACUUGAGUUGGUUAAAUGGCUGCCUUAGGGGUUAAAAGUGUUUGCUAUGCUAAGUUUUGGAAACUAGGGAUUCUAUCAUGCUAAAUGGUCUAGUUAUUUACAUCAUAGUUUAUAAAAGUUG